AUCGGGUAGAUCAGGCAACGCAGCGCUUGUGAAGGAAGAAGGGCUGGGAUAAAGUAAGUGACUCUGAGUGUUCCACUAUGGCGGCCAGCGAUGCAACAACCGAUGAUUCGUUGUACCCAAUAGCUGUCUUGAUUGACGAGUUACGAAAUGAAGAUGUGCAGCUUCGACUCAAUUCCAUCAAGAAGUUGUCAACUAUUGCAUUGGCUUUGGGGAUUGAAAGAACUCGCAGCGAGCUGAUACCAUUCCUCACAGAUACCAUCUAUGAUGAAGAUGAAGUGCUACUGGCUUUAGCCGAACAACUUGGAGCUCUAACUCCAUUAGUUGGUGGACCAGAAUUUGUCCAUUGUCUUCUUCCUCCCUUGGAGUCAUUAGCCACUGUCGAAGAGACCGUUGUACGCGAUAAGGCUGUCGAAUCACUUCGUUUGAUAUCAGAACAGCAUAGUCCAUCAGAUCUGGAAACAUACUUUGUUCCAUUAUUGAGAAGACUUGCAUCUGGUGAUUGGUUCACAUCUCGAACAUCGGCUUGUGGACUUUUUAGCGUCGCGUAUUCCAAAGUAUCCCAUAAUGUCAAGGGAGAACUGAGGGCUACAUUUCGUAUGCUUUGCCAAGAUGACACUCCCAUGGUGCGUCGUGCAGCAGCUUCUAAGUUGGGAGAGUUUGCACGCGUUGUAGAAGUGGAGUGGUUAAAGGCCGAUUUAAUUCCGAUGUUUGUCCUUUUAGCCCAAGACGAGCAGGACUCGGUGCGACUCUUAGCAGUCGAGGCCUGCGUUUCUAUGGCUGAGCUUCUUCAGCAGGAAGAUGUAGAACAGCUUGUUAUGCCGACUUUGAGGCAGUGUGCGGAAGAUAAAUCAUGGAGAGUGCGGUACAUGGUGGCUGAUAAGUUUACUGAGUUACAGAAAGCUGUUGGACCAGAAAUUUCCAAACAAGAUUUAGUGUCGGCAUUCCAAGCGCUGCUGAAAGAUCCUGAGGCAGAAGUGAGAGCUGCAGCGGCUCAUAAAGUACGAGACUUUUGCCAAGCCCUAGAUCCUGCGUUCCGAGAAAGUCUCAUUAUGAAUCAGAUUCUGCCUUGUGUCAAGGAAUUAGUGUCUGAUGCUAACCAACACGUUAAGUCGGCCCUAGCUGCUGUUAUCAUGGGUCUCAGCCCAAUUUUAGGAAAAGAUAACACGAUUGAGCAUCUUUUACCAUUGUUCCUCACACAGUUGAAAGACGAGUGCCCUGAAGUUCGCUUGAAUAUAAUCUCGAACUUGGAUUGCGUGAACAGUGUUAUAGGAAUCCAGCAAUUGUCCCAGUCUCUUCUCCCAGCAAUCGUCGAAUUGGCAGAGGACUCAAAAUGGAGAGUACGUUUGGCCAUUAUCGAGUAUAUGCCUUUGUUGGCUGGACAACUAGGGGUGGAAUUCUUCGAUGAAAAACUCAACACGCUUUGUAUGGCCUGGUUAGUCGAUCAUGUGUAUGCCAUUCGUGAAGCAGCAACGAACAACUUGAAGAAACUAGUUGAAAAAUUUGGUGUUGAAUGGGCUCAGAGUACCGUAAUCCCCAAGGUUUUGGCGAUGGCGCGAGAUCAAAAUUAUCUCCAUCGUAUGACUUGCUUAUUCUGCAUUAACGUGUUGUCGGAAGCCUGUGGGCCGGAUGUAACUGGAAAAGUAUUGCUACCAACCGUAAUUUCUAUGGCGAAUGAUAACGUAGCGAAUGUGCGGUUUAACGUCGCUAAGUCAUUGCAGAAGUUGACACCUAGAAUGGAAGCACAGGCAACCCAUAGUGCUAUUAAACCCGUGCUUGAUAAAUUAAUCACCGAUACUGAUGUCGAUGUGAAGUAUUUUGCAUCUGAAGCUAUGGCAGUUCUGUCUGGCUGAAAUUCACGAGUAAAUUUGUCGGUGAAAAUGGAUCUAUUGCUGUGACUAAUUGGCUGUCUAUUAAUUUUUUCCCCUCAUUUAAACUUACAUUUCAUCCCUGAAAAUUAAUAAUGGCAAGUAUCCCAUUCCUUAUGUAGUAACAUCAUCACCCAAACCCUUCGUUUCUUGGUAUUUUGCUUAGGACAGUCGUACUCGUAAUUCAUCGUAAGUGAUGAAGAUCGUGUAUCUCGGAGAUCUUAUCCCGUUAAGGGCGUCAAAUUUAGCUGUUGAAAUGUAACCCUUAUCUUCAUCAUUUAAAUUCGAAAUACAAAGCAACGUUCUUUUGUUCAUAA